UCCAGGUUAGUUUUGGGGCUUUAAAGCAAUUUUUAGAGCUUUUAGAAUUUUUAAGUUGGGUUUUGGGAGGAAUUUGGCUGCUGAAGUUUAGAAAAGAAGCUGUUUUAAGGGACUGAAGGGUUUGAUAGAUAAAUGUGAAGUGUUUGUCAAGUUUGUUGUUUUUAUGGGCGGCUUUACAAACAUAUAGCUCUGACCACCAUGGAAGAACUUGACCUAAAAAGAAAGAACAAUCUUGAAAAUGUUAGAAGGAUUAUGUCUAGAAGAACAAGUAGCAAGACUCCGUACUGGUAUAAGCUUCAUGGGCUUGUGGAAAAGAUCAAAGAUUACCAGCGAAGACCAGGGAUUCAGAAAGAUUUUGAAUUCACCUCUAAGAGGCGAAAGCAAUCAAAUCAGCAGAAUAAUGGAAAUCCUUCAAGACUGAGGCUGAAUAGUAUGAAUUCAACACUUAAGAUUAAGAAAAGAGCCUUUGCAAAGAUCAGAGCAGGGAAUCUACUAAAGAACAGCCUCAAAUAGUCCCUGUAUUUCUGUGGGUCAAAGAAACUCUAGAAGAAGCUCUGCUAUUCCCAGUAAAAUGAUGGUUAAGAAGAAUCAUGAUUUUGCAGUUGAAGGAAUAUUACAAGUUGACGAAAGCUUCGAAAAUUCUCCUCCCAAACAUAAGAAGAAAUGCAAGAAUUCAUGGAUCAGAAAAUAACUACAAGUCUAUUAAACUGAUAAGUGAAAUGAAUCGUACAAAAUCAAAUUUUUCUACUCAAAAUUCAAAUAGAAAGCAUAAUCUAACUGCUUCAAGGAUGACCGCUAAUAACUCAAUGAUCCGUGAUGAAUUAAAUAAUUCUCAUAAGCUGAGUUUUGACAAGGAAAGACUUGAAAGACUAGCCCUCCCUCGAGGGCAUACUGAAGCAAAGAAAAAGAGAAACAGGAGCCAUAGAGUUAAGGCUUCCCAAAGAUUACCUCAGUUUAUCCAAACUUUGAACAGUGGGGAUGAGAAGCAUACCUAUAGUAGUCUUCAUAAAGCAUUUAUCUACGGAGUUGGACUCAAUCAGAUUCCUUUAUUGAAGAAGAAACUAAAUGGCCUUAAGGAUACUAUUAAAGAAAGUAGGACAAAGUCCAAGAAUUUUAGAAAAACUAUGAAAUACUUUAGAAUCAUGAGUAAAGCUCAGAACUCACAGCUAUAUGGCGUUCCGAUUCUUGGUCCUAAAGCUCUCUAAGUGCACUAUACCCCUCUGAACAAGUUAGGCAUAAUAUUAUUUGAAUAAUUCAAUUUU